AUGGACGUAUUUUUGACGAAGUUUAAUUCUUCUCAACCAAUUUCUACUCUUAGAAACAAUUCCUCUCAUCUUAUAGAGGAGUUUGAUGAGAAAUUACUCAAUCCCGAUCCUGGAGAGAGAGUACCCAUUGAUAAAUAUAAUCCUAGAAUACGGGAUGAAGUAAGAAGACACUACAUUCAAAAUGGACCUUGUCAACCGGUUGAUCAUAAGUUUCCUAAGAUUUUAUUCGGGAAUAAAAUGCGUCAAUUUAGUCCGGGUUGGUUUAAAGAUUCGUAUUCUAGAUGGUUGGAGUAUAGUGUGAAGAAAGACGCCGCAUUUUGUUUAUGUUGUUAUUUAUUUAAAAAUGAUUAUGUUCAUGGAAGCACGGGUGACUCUUUCACAAAAACGGGCUUUAAGGCUUGGAAUAAAGCUUCGGAAAGACUUGCUUUACAUGUUGGUCAAGUAAAUAGCCUCCACCACAAGUGUUUCAACAAGAUGUUAGACUUAUCACAUCAAUCUCAAUCAAUUCAAGUUGCUUUUGAUAAGCAAUCUGAGAAACAAAGAAAUGAGCACCGAAUUCGUUUAAAUGCAUCAAUCGAUGUUGCAAGGUUCCUCUUGUACUUUGGAUUGUCAUUUAGAGGUCACGAUGAAAGUGAUUCUUCAAAAAACAAAGGCCUUUUUCUAGGGCUUUUGGAAUGGCUUGCAAAGAGGCUCCCUCAAGUGGAUAGAGUCAUAUUGAAACAUGCUCCAAAAAAUGAUAUGAUGACUUCGCCAAAAAUUCAAAAGGACAUUGUGAGUGCUUGUGCACAAGAAACCGUAAAAGUUAUAAUCAAUGAUUUAGAUGGGGAUUAUUUCGGGAUAUUAGUUGAUGAGUCCAAGGAUAUUUCACACCAUGAACAAAUGGCUCUCGCUUUGCGUAUGUUGACAAAAAAGGCCAAGUGA